UUAAUUUUCAGCAAAAUAAGCUAAGAAUUUCGCAGAUUGUUGUACCACCACUAUAGAGAAAACUGCAUAUAAUAUAAAUAAGGCUACACACAAUACCAAAUGUGGCUGCCCAAUAAACUAGUUGUUGUUAUUUCUAGUAAUUAUUUCCGGAUUAAAGGAAAAGAUAUACCAACAAUUGCCGGAAGUUCGAUGGUGUACAUAUACUAAUAAUGGAAAAAAAUGUGAAAGUUUAUUAUUUUGUCACAAUGUAGUUUGCAGAUAUUAUGGCAGAACCUAUUGCACUAUCUAACAAGACAUUUCAACGUGUGGACUUCUCAACAGUCUCGGAUGUCGAACCAAUUCAUUUCUAUAUGAAACGGCACAAAAAGAAACUCACUUGGCAGUCAGUUCUAAACCCGUUCACAAAACAGGUUUGGUUGACCUUGAUCUUUACCAUUACAGUCUUUGGAUUAAUAUUCCGGAAAUUCGUGAAAGUCAAUAAAGGGGAACCCUGGACUUUAAGGAGAACGUACUGGUAUCUGAUGACAACGUUAAUGUAUCAAGGAGUCGACUGCAACAACGCGAUUCGUUCAUCUUCUAGAAUAGCAUUUGGCAUCUGGUUGCUCAUGACAGCAGUCUUGAUCUGGGGUUACGCCGGAAUAUUGACAUCAUUUAUGGCCGUACAGACUGACGAACCGGUUCCGAACACAUUCGAUGAAUUAGCAGAAGCCAUUAAAAGACGAGAAUAUACAUGUGUACUGCUUCCACAUGUUUACUUAGAUCGAUACUUAAAGGAGACAAGAACAAAACACGCAGACCUUUUUAUUACAGAAAGCCGAAAACAUAUUUCUGUUAUGCAAGCAAAGAUGAGACGACAGAACGAUACAUUCAAAAAAAAAUUUUACAAGGAUUCAUUAGAUAGCGAAGCUAAAGGUCAUCAGGAAGCGAUAGUUUUACUAAAUAAACUGAUUAAGGACCUUGUUAAAAAAGAUCGAAUGGUGGUUAUUGGAACUCCUUACUUUGAAAGACUUGCUGCAAAUGCUUAUGGAUCAAACUAUGUGAAAUCUGAUUAUGUUCUUUCUACAGUUUAUAAAGGAUUCGCCAUGAGAAAAGGAUUUCCGUAUAAAAAACAAGUUAACAAACUAGUACGAAGAAUAUUUGAGACAAAAAUUUUUAAAAAUGAAGAAGUUGUUAAUGUACCCAGUUUUGAAGAUGCGGUGAAACCUUUAUCCGUAGCAGAUUUAUACGGUGCACUUGGAAUCCUCGUUAUAGGAUACACUUUGUCCUUUGCUUGUUUCCUCACUGAAAUAAUUCUUGGAAAGUUACUCAAAUAGAAACGUUGGCUUAUAUGUUUCAGCAAUUUCAGCUUAACCUGCACGGCAUCAAUCUUUAAAAACUUUACAUAUGUGGAGGCAUUCAGCGAACAGCGACGCUGCAGAUGCUAUAAUAAAGCGUAUGGCUAAAAUAAUGCUACGUGACGUCGUUAUCUGAAGGCAUUUUAGAAGAAAUAUGCCAUUGUUCGAGCAAAUAUCUACUCGGUUACAAUAAAUCGCUUUAAAACAGCACAUUUUCUCUUUUUGUGGGUCAUUUUUUAAAUGAUUAAAAAAGUAUAUUAAAA